AUGGCGGAGGAGCCCAUCGUCCCGGUGUACUGCACCGGCGUUUCGGCGCAGGUCCAACGUCAACGGGCGAAAGCGUUGGGUUUGGGACGACACGAGAACGCGGUGCGGUACCUGGGACAGGACUACGGGCGGUUGGCGGAGGAAUGACGGCGGUCCGGGACCCGCGAUCAAACUUUCCCACCUCUUCCCGCUUCUCUCGGCUUUCGCGAAUUGGGUCCCGGCACCGCCAAAACUCACGGCGUCCAAUGGAAAAGACCGACGGAGCUGUGUCCGCGUCCGCAGUUCAUCGUGGACGGCGCCACGCGCACCGACAUCUGCCAGGGAGCGCUGGUUUUUCUUCAGAUUUGGCAAUUCGGCGAGUGGCUGGACGUGGUGGUGGACGACUACCUGCCCACCAAAGACGGCAAACUGCUCUUCGUCCACUCCGCCGAGGGCACCGAGUUCUGGAGCGCCUUGUUGGAGAAAGCCUACGCCAAGGUGAACGGGUGCUACGAGGCGCUGUCGGGCGGCAGCACCUCGGAGGGUUUCGAGGACUUCACCGGCGGCGUGACGGAGUGGUACGAUCUGCGCCGACCUCCGGCGGAUCUCUACCAGAUCAUCCUCAAAGCGCUGGAGCGCGGUUCCCUGCUGGGCUGCUCCAUCGACAUAACGAGCGCCUUCGACAUGGAGGCGGUGACCUUCAAGAAGCUGGUGAAGGGACACGCGUACUCGGUGACGGGGGCCAAGCAGAUCAACUACCGCGGACAAUCCCUGGGCCUGAUCCGUAUGCGCAAUCCCUGGGGAGAGGUGGAGUGGACGGGAGCCUGGAGCGAUAGUUCGGCCGAGUGGAACACGGUGGAACCGGCGCUGAGGCAGCAGCUGAUGGUGAAAAUGGAGGAUGGUGAAUUUUGGAUGUCCUUCCGGGAUUUCCUACGGAAUUUUCCCCGCCUGGAGAUCUGUAACCUCCCCCCCGACGCUCUCCAAUCCCGUAAAUUCCGCAAGUGGAACACGCGGCUCUACGACGGCACGUGGCGACGCGGCAGCACGGCCGGCGGCUGUCGCCACUACCCCGCCACUUUCUGGAUAAACCCCCAGUUUAAGAUCCAGCUGGAGGAGGUGGAUGAUGACGGGGAUGAGGGCGGCGGGCGCGAACCCGGUUGCAGUUUCCUCCUGGCGUUGAUGCAGAAGCACCGGCGCCGCGAACGCCGCUACGGCAAAGACAUGGAGACCAUCGGCUUCGCCGUCUACGAGGUUCCUCCGGAGCACGUGGGGAAAUCGGGAGUCCACCUGAAGCGGGAUUUUUUCCUGGCCAACGCGUCCCGCGCGCGUUCGGAGCAGUUCAUCAACCUGCGGGAGGUGAGCACGCGGUUCCGGCUGCCGCCGGGAGAAUACAUCGUGGUACCCUCCACCUUCGAACCCAACAAAGAAGGAGAUUUCGUUCUCCGCGUCUUUUCCGAGAAGAAAGCCGGUACCGAGGAAAUGGAUGACAAGAUCCAAGCCACGCUCCCGGAUGAGAAAGUGCUCUCCGAAAGCCAAAUCGAUGACAACUUCAAGCAGCUCUUCAAGCAGCUGGCGGGGGCGGACAUGGAGAUCAGCGUGACGGAGCUUCAGACCAUCCUCAACCGCAUCAUCGGCAAACAUAAAGAUCGGAGGGGGGUGUGGGGGGGUUUUUUGGGGCAAAACCCCCCCAAAAAUCCCCAUUUUUCUUAACCGCCUUCCGGCCCGCAGAAAGACGGCAACGGGAAACUGGGGCUGGUGGAGUUCAACGUCUUGUGGAACCGAAUCCGCAACUACCUGGCCAUCUUCCGCAAAUUCGACCUGGAUAAGUCGGGCAGCAUGAGCGCCUACGAGAUGCGCAUGGCGCUGGAAGCGAAAGCCUGUUAA